AUGGCUCGGUUUUCCAAAGUGAGGAUUGUCCGCACCAGGAAAAGGGAAGGGCUGAUCCGGACCCGACUCCUGGGGGCGUCCGUGGCCAGAGGCGAGGUCCUGACAUUCCUCGACUCCCACUGUGAGGUCAACGUCAACUGGCUGCCCCCGCUCCUCAACCAAAUUGCACUAAACCACAAGACCAUUGUUUGCCCCAUGAUCGACGUCAUUGACCACAAUCACUUUGGGUACGAGGCGCAAGCCGGAGAUGCCAUGCGUGGUGCCUUCGACUGGGAGAUGUACUACAAGAGGAUCCCCAUCCCACCAGAGCUGCAGAGGGCGGACCCCAGUGACCCUUUUGAGUCUCCCGUUAUGGCUGGAGGUCUCUUUGCCGUGGAUCGCAAAUGGUUUUGGGAGUUGGGUGGCUAUGAUCCAGGUCUGGAGAUCUGGGGAGGAGAGCAGUAUGAAAUUUCUUUCAAGGUCUGGAUGUGUGGAGGAGAAAUGUUUGACGUUCCAUGUUCCAGGGUCGGUCAUAUCUACAGGAAGUACGUCCCUUAUAAAGUUCCAUCUGGGACCAGCCUGGCGAGAAACCUGAAGCGGGUGGCAGAGACCUGGAUGGACGAGUUCGCCGAGUACAUUUACCAGCGGCGCCCGGAGUACCGGCACCUGUCCCCCGGGGACCUCUCGGCGCAGAAGGAGCUGCGCAGACAGCUCAAGUGCAAGGACUUCAAGUGGUUCAUGGCAGCCGUGGCCUGGGACGUGCCCCAGUACUACCCUCCGGUGGAGCCCCCGCCCGCGGCCUGGGGGGAGCUUCGAAACGUGGCAGCAAACCUCUGCGUGGACAGCAAGCAUGGAGCCACGGGGACCGAGCUAAGGCUGGACAUCUGUGUCAAGGACGGUUCUGAGAGGACCUGGUCUCAUGAGCAGCUCUUCACCUUGGGCUGGAGAGAGGAUAUCCGGCCAGGCGAGCCCCUGCACACUCGGAAGUUCUGCUUCGAUGCCGUGUCCCACAGCAGCCCCGUCACUCUGUACGACUGUCACGGCAUGAAGGGGAACCAGCUCUGGGGCCAUCGGAAGGACAGAACGUUGUUCCAUCCUGUGAGUAACAGCUGCAUGGACUGUAACCCCGCAGAGAAGAAGAUCUUCAUGGCCAGAUGCGAUCCUCUCUCAGAGACUCAGCAGUGGGUUUUUGAACAUAUUAAUAUGACUGUUUUAGAAAAAUUUAACUACCAUGCCAGUUCCUAG